AUCGCAGCUGCUGUUUUGAUCAGCACUUCAAAGCAAAUCCUACGAAAGUUCCUGUCAUUUUUUUCUCCUGGUUCUCCUCUUCCAGCGUUACCCGGAUGUUUCCGUGUUCGUGCUGCCUUACCGGCUGUUUCAGAACCGGAACCGGAGAAGCUGCUACAGACAAACCCAUCCGAGCUUCCAUAGAGCUGCAGUCUGGAGAAGCAGGAGCUGCUGAAGGUGAGGAUCUGAUACAGGAGGCCGGAAUGACUGGGCUCCUGUUCUGAGUCUUCUCCUGCUCCUAGUGUCAGUUUGCCCUCAAACCUUUUACUGACCUCCUCAAACUCCUCAAAAAGGGGCACAGAGAGGAAAAACCUCACGCUGCUGAAGUCCGGAGAGGCCAAACGUGAGAACAUGGAGUCCAGAGGAAGCUCCGUCACCCCGGAAACGUCCCCUGACAGUCCUCCUGCCGAAACACAUCGCAGUAAAAUGCAAAGAAGUCCCGUAAAGAAGAGAACUCACCACUGCUCAGAGUGCGGAAAGAGUUUUAUUCAGCGCUGCCACCUGCAGCAGCACCAGCGCAUUCACACCGGAGAGAAGCCGUAUCAGUGCUUGGAGUGCGGGAGGAGCUUUAUUCAGCUGGUCAGUCUCCAGAGACACCAGCGCACUCACACGGAGGAUAAACCGCAUCAGUGCUCGGUCUGCGGGAAGAGCUUUACUCUACAGAGUCAACUCCAACUUCACCAGCGCGUUCACACCGGAGAGAAACCGUAUUACUGCUCCGAAUGUGGGCGGAGCUUUAACACUCAGAACAGUCUCCAUCGACACCAGAGAAUCCACACCGGAGAAAAGCCAUAUCAGUGCUCAGAGUGUGGGCGGAGCUUCAGAAACAGAGGAACCCUCCAGUCACACCAGCGCACUCACACUGGAGAGAAGCCGUAUCAGUGCUCGGAGUGCGGGAGGAGCUUCAUUCAGAAGAGCAUCCUCAAAACACACCGCCGCACUCACACCGGAGAGAAGCCGUACGACUGCUCGGAGUGCGGGAUUAGCUUCGGUGACAGGAGUACCCUCCAGAGACACCAGCAGAUCCACACAGGAGAGAAACCGUAUUACUGCGCAGAGUGUGGGUGGAGCUUCAGACAUCUGACUUCUUUAAAGAAACACAAAAAACUUCACACUGCUGAAAUAGCUCACCCCUGCUUAGAGUGCGGGAAGAGUUUUACUCGACUGAGUUAUCUCCGAAUACACCAGCGCAUUCACACCGGAGAGAGACCGUAUCAGUGUUCGGAGUGCGGGAAGAGCUUUCGUGACCGCGGUGAUCUCAGGACGCACCUCCGGAUUCACACCGGAGAGAAACCGUAUCACUGCUCGGAGUGCGGGAAGAGAUUCGCUCAGCUGGGUCACCUCCAAACACACCAGCGCAUCCACACCGGAGAGAAACCGUACCACUGCCUGGAGUGCGGGAAGGGUUUUAUCGUGCAGAGCAGUCUGCAGCUACACCAGCGCACUCACACCGGAGAGAAACCGUAUCACUGUUUGGAGUGCGGAGAAAGUUUUAACCGACAGAGCCAUCUCCAACGACACCAGCGCAUCCACACCGGAGAGAAGCCGUUUGACUGCUCAGAGUGCGGGAAGGGCUUCAGAGACAGAGACACCCUCCAAAAACACCAGCGCAUCCACACCGGAGAGAAGCCAUAUUACUGCUCCGUGUGUGGGCGGAGCUUUAACCAACAGAACCAUCUUCGAAUACACCACCGCAUUCACACCGGAGAGAGACCGUAUCAGUGCUCAUUCUGUGAGAAGAGAUUUAGUGACCGGAGCACCCUCCAAAAACACCAGCGCAUCCACACCGGAGAGAAACCAUAUUUCUGCGCGGAGUGUGGGCGGAGCUUCAGACAUUCAAAAACUUUAAAGACACACAAGUGCAUUAAGAGCGAGUUCGACACUCAUGAAGUGACCGUGUUAGAGGUGGUGAUUUGAUUAUCAUUGUUAUUUUUAGGUUAAUUGUAACCUGCGUUUAGGCGCAACCAUCUAAGCGUUGGCCCUGUCAUCAGGAGAUCAUCAGGAGGUCGCGAGUUCGAUCCCCCGGUGAUGCUACGGCCGUCCGUGGUCGGGAGUCCAGGAGAGUUGUCCUCGCUCUCUCUGUGUGGUCAGGAUGGCCCCCAGUGUCCCCCCCAUCGCUCAGUGCGGUGCUAGCCAGUGCAGGUUAGCUGAUGUAAUAGAACAGGUGGUUAGUGUUCUCCUCCAAGCGCAUUCAGCUGUUCAAUGACACUGUGUGAGCGGCAGUUUGAAAAGAUGCGAUGGAGCUUCACAGGUCUCCUAGAGCUGGGGCUAUCGUGUGAUUGGGGUAGUCAGAACUAGGAGUGGAACUGGAAAUAACUAAAUUGGGAAGAAAAAAAAAUCAACUAAAAAAAAAAAGGUAACAAUUUUGCAGUGUAAAUAUCUUUUGUGUGAUUUGUACAUCUGCAUGACAAUUGUGAUUAUACAU